GCACUGACUCUUCCGAGGCAAUCAGCGGUGCACCUUGACCCCAUCUGCUCUCCUCGGAAGUUAAACCCUUCUUUUCCCAGUGAAUUCCCUACCACACUCUAUGCACAUCCGAGGCAAGGGCGUAUAUAAACAAAGAGGGGUCCGACGAGACCGACAGAGACUAACUACUUCCGCAACUUGAUAACCUCUUCCCUGAGCAAUUACCACCUUAGGAUCACCUGAAUUAAGGUAUUACUCUCAGAUUGCAAAACGCCGGCGCGCUGAUGCUUGAAAAUGCGACCUGAUCCCAAGUUAUAUUUACCACGCAAUGUGCCAUGGAGCGAACCUGCGUGGUAUCGUACUGGCAAAUCGGUCUACCUCAACGCGUCCCAUCGGAAAUUGAGGGAUAGUAUUCGCAAAUAUGUUGAUGAACAUAUCCUUCCCUACUCCUUGGAAUGGGAAGAAAAAGGCGAGGUUCCACGAUCAGCAGCACUGAGCUACUGUAAAUCUGGAAUUCCUUUCGACGACAUACCAGAGGAGUUUCGACCUCAGGAUGUCCCAAAACUAGCAGGAAUCCCACAGGGAGGAUUGGAUGCCUUUCACUUUCUUAUUUCAACCGACGAGAUGUCUCGUGUUGAAGGCGGAGUCUCCAUUGCCCUUGGCGGCGCGUCCACAAUCGGGUUGCCACCGGUACUCCAUUAUGGAACUCAGGAACAAAAGUCUCGUUGGUUUCCAGGACUAUUCUCAGGGAAUGUCAAUUUCUGCUUAGGUAUCACGGAGCCUGGUGGUGGUUCAGACGUGGCAAAUAUCCAAACCACGGCUGAAAAGUCUUCAGACGGCAAGUUCUACAUUGUGAACGGUGCCAAGAAGUGGAUUACAGGUGCUCCAUGGGCAACUCACAUGACUACUGCCGUACGAACCGGCGGUCCAGGUGCCAAAGGUGUUACAGUCCUCGAGAUCCCGCUCGAUAGCCCCGGAGUGUCUCGGACCAAGAUCUUCAACAGCGGACAGAACGCUGGAGGGUCUAGUUUUGUAGAUCUCGAAAAUGUCAAAGUCCCAGUCGAGAAUCGCAUCGGUCCAGAGAACGAGGGCUUUGCAAUCAUCAUGAAGAACUUCAACAGGGAAAGGUAUGCACUCGCAGUCGGGUGUAAUCGAAAGAGCCGGACCUGCCUUGCUAUGUCGUUCUCAUAUGCUAUGGAGCGCAAGACCUUUGGGAAGAGGUUGAUUGAGAAUCAAGUUAUACGGCGCAAACUUGCUGAAGUUGCACACCGCGUCGAAGCUCACUGGGCUUGGCUUGAGCAGAUUGCUUUCCAAGUCAAUUCAUCUAGUGAAGGCUGGCAGGAACCAAAUAUUGCAAGUCAGAUAGCUUUGGUCAAGAUCCAAGGCGGGCAGAUGGUGGAAUUGGCAUGCAGAGAAGCUCAGCAAAUCUUUGGGGGCGCCGGCUAUCAAAAGGGCGGCCGUGGGGCGACAGUGGAACAAAUCAGCCGCGACCUUCGGAUGCUAGUAGUUGGCGGCGGCAGCGAGGAGAUUCUUACAGAUCUUGCCAUUAGACAGGAAAUAGGGGCCUUCAGUAAGCAGGCCAAAAUGUAAAUAAGGUAGAGAGGUGUAGUUAAUGUAUUUAAAGAAUUAGUAGAAACACCAGUAGGAUAAUAGUUCUUAUUAAGUUUUUAUAAGUGCG